AUCAACCAACCAACAAACAAAUAAAUAAAGUUUGCCGUUGGCCUGCGCUCGGAAGUGUGCGAUGAGUGAUGUCAUGCGGAGGGAGGAAACCGAUCUCGACAGCUAAGAUGGCGGAGGAGCAGCAGGAGUCAUCACAGGGAGAGAUGGAGGGAGUGAACUGCCUAGCAUAUGAUGAGGCCAUAAUUGCCCAACAGGACCGGAUUCAGCAAGAGAUAGCCAACAGUAACCCUUUAGUGUCGGAAAGACAGGACUUGUCGGUGCUGCAGGGCGAGUACGCUGAGGAUGACACAGUUUAUCAGCUCAAGAUCAAGGACCUACACAAAAAAUACUCAUACAUUCGCAAGACGCGACCAGAUGGAAACUGUUUUUACAGAGCCUUCGGCUUUGCACAUCUCGAGUCCCUGCUAGAUGACAGCAAAGAGCUUCAGAAGUUCAAAGCAGUUGCAGCAAAAAGUAAACUGGACCUUGUUAACGAAGGCUUCACUGAGUUUACUAUUGAAGAUUUCCACAAUACUUUCAUGGACCUGAUUGAACUAUGUGAGAAACAGCCGAGCCUGCAGGAGCUGCUGAGCUCCUUCAACGACCAGAACGUGUCAGACUACGUGGUGGUGUACCUGCGGCUGCUCACCUCAGGCUACUUGCAGCGAGAGCAUAGCUUCUUUCAGCAUUUCAUAGAGGGUGGGCGCACCGUCAAGGAGUUCUGUCAGCAGGAGGUAGAACCAAUGUCUAAAGAAAGUGACCACAUUCACAUCAUCGCCUUAGCCCAGGCCCUGAACGUAUCCAUUCUGGUGGAGUAUAUGGACAGAGGAGAGGGAGGAACAGUCAAUCAUCACGUCUUCCCUGAAGGCGGAGACCCCCGCAUCUUCCUUCUCUAUAGACCUGGCCAUUAUGACAUCUUGUACAAAUAGCACUCCUGGCCACAGCCCAUCUCAUGCACUUCUUGCUGUGUGCCACAGCAGAGCAUUCAAAAAACAUCAGCAGCCACGCUGAUGAGACAUACAUCUGUGUAUGAGAUUACACUCAUGUAUAUGGAGAGAAAAAAAAAAAAA